AUGGUGAGCCUCACGCCCAACGCCGUGUCGAUGCUACACAGCAACGAGACGCCCGACGGCUUUGAGCCGUGGCUGCAGAUCAUUGACAUCAAGAAGAUCAAGCCUGCUAGUGGCACGGGCGGUGAUCGAUAUCGUAUUGUGUUAUCAGAUGGCACGACGUAUAUCAGUGGAAUGCUGGCCACGCAGCUCGCGCCGCUCAUGGAAAAUGAGAGUCUCAAGACGAACUACGUCCUGCAGCUCAAGGAUUUCAUGCGCAAUAAAGUACAAGGCCGUUGGAUUCUCAUCGUGCUGAGCAUUGGCGACAUUGCACCAGCGUUCGACCGCAUUGGAAACCCGCAAAGCGUUGAAGGUACCAAGGGACCGUCGAUUCCUGCAGCUUCCGUGCCGCCUGCUACAGCCCUAGGCUCGAGGUCAAACCCCUCUGUUGCUCAGCCGGUGUACCAACUGCCACCGGCAGCUGCGAACCAGUACAACACGUCUUCUGCUGCUGCCCCGUCAAACUACAUGACACCUGAUAAACCUGCAGCUGCAACGUAUAACCGUGGUCCAGUCAUGCGUCAAGACCCGCAUAUUCGACUCUCGGACAUUCAGAGUCUGAACCCGUACGCUGGUGGACGAUGGACCAUCAAAGCUCGUGUGACAACUCGCGCUCCGAUAAAGAACUGGACGAAUGCACGUGGUUCGGGCAAGCUGUUCAGCAUUGAUCUGCUUGACGCAAAGGGUGGCGAGAUCCGUGCUACUUUUUUCAAUGACGGCGUGGACAAGUUUUAUGAAAUGCUACGUCCGGGUGGCGUCUUUUACUUUGCUGGCGGGAAGGUGAAGAUGGCCAAUCGCCGCUUUUCAUCCGUUGACAAUGACUACGAAGUGACGUUCGAUCCGCACUCUGAGAUCUCCCCGGCCUCGGAAGACGGGCAAAUCUCGCACAUGCAAUACGCUUUCAAGAAAAUUGCCGAUAUCGAAAACGUGGCUGCUGAUUCGAAUGUAGACGUGAUUGGCAUUGUACGUGACGUGGGUCAAGUGAAUGAGAUCACGUCGAAGGCUGGCAAGCAGCUGUUCAAACGCGACAUUUCGCUCAUUGAUGAUUCCAACGCUGAAAUCAAGUGCACGAUGUGGAAUGAACGUGCUCAGGAGGAUUGUUCUAGCUGGCUGAACCAAGUUUUGGCCAUCAAAGGCUGCCGUGUGAGUGAGUACAACGGCCGAUCGAUCGGCACUGUAAUGAGCUCGAGCUUUACUGUUAACCCUGCCAUUCCUGAAGCGGGUCACCUAGUAACCUGGUUCUCGAAUGGUGGCAGUGCAGCUCAAGCCAAAUCAUUGAGCUCAGGCGGCGGCGGCUUUGGUGGUGGUUCGUUCGGCACUUUUGCUGAACGUGCAGUCAUCAGUGACAUCAAAAGCAAGCAGCUCGGUUUUGGUCAGAAGCCUGAUUACAUUACAGUGAAGGGAACGGUGAACUUCAUCAAGCAUGAUACUGGUGUGUACUACCAGGCUUGUCCCAAGUGCCAGAAGAAGGUCGUGGCGGAUGUCGCCCAGAACUACACGUGCGAAAAAUGCCAAACGUCCUACAGCACUUGCGAGAACCGCUUUAUACUUUCGGUGGUGAUGCUGGACCACACAGGCAGCACUUGGACGACGUGCUUCAAUGACCAAGGAAAGGUGGUAAUGAACGGCCGCACCGCGGAUGAAAUCGGCGAGCUUCGUGAUACGAAUCCGACACUGUUUGAGUCAACAUUCAAGGAAGCAUUGUUCAAGCAGUACAUUUGCCGGCUUCGUGUAAAGGCUGAGAAUGUUCAAGAGGAACUUCGCGUCAAGGCAGGUGUCGUGAAUUUGGAGCCUGUCAACUUCGUGCAAGAAUCCAAGGACCUUCUCCAAGCUAUCGCCCAGUACAGCUAG